GGUACCACAGAAGGUUUAGCCCCGGGGAUGAUGCCGUAAGUAGUUGAAUGAGCAAAUAGGAGCGUUACGCGCGGUUCAACGUUUCCACGAGCAAAAACACGGCGACAGUUAUCAUCUCUUUCAGUUGGAGGGGAGCCUACGCACUAUACCUGAUGGAUGGAUGGAUUAACUUUAUAGAUCCCCAAAUGGGAAAGUAAUCAUCAUCAUCAUCAUCAUAAUGAUCAUUUUUUUCAUUAUGGUAGUUUGAUUUGCCCUCAGCCCAGCCCAGCCCAGCCCAGCCCAGCGCCAUGGCCUCGGACACAGGCGUGAGAUCGGAGAUGGACGAGCUGCAGAGGAGGGCCAAUCAGGUGACAGAUGAGUCUCUGGAGAGCACUCGCAACAUGAAGCUGCUUCUGGAGGAGAGUAAAGAUGCUGGGAUCAGGACACUGGUCAUGCUGGACGAACAAGGAGAGCAACUGGACCGUAUUGAUGAGGGCAUGGACCAGAUUAACCAGGACAUGCGGGAGGCCGAGAGAAACCUCACCGACAUGGCCAAGUGUUGUGGCCUGUGCGCCUGGCCCUGUGCUAAACUGAAGGACUUCGAGGCCAGUGGAGCCUAUAAGAAGGUGUGGGGCAACAACCAGGAUGGAGUGGUGUCCAGUCAGCCCUCGUCACGCGUCGUGGAUGACCGGGAGAAAAUGGUCAUGAGUGGGGGUUACAUUCGGAGAGUGACUAACGAUGCUCGAGAGGACGAGAUGGAGGAGAACCUAGCCCAGGUGGGCAGUAUCCUUGGCAACCUGCGAAGUAUGGCUAUAGACAUGGGCAAUGAGAUCGACACACAGAAUGUCCAGAUACAGCGCAUCCAGGAGAAGGCUGAUGUCAAUGAAUCACGCAUUAGUGAAGCCAAUCAGAGAGCACACAAGCUCAUUAAGAAGUGACUGCAUUAAGAGACUCUGUGAAAACACUGUACUAUCAACAUCCUUUGUCAUGUGAACCCCCCCCCCCACACACACACACACACACACAGACACACAGAGCAGCAACACUUACUUUGUGGUUGAUGAAAGGCUGCCUGUUUUGAUAGUCAUCCUUGCGUUGUUGUUGUUGUUGUCUAUGCAAUAUGGCAUAGUUUUUCAUUUGUUUUGUUUAUAUAUAUUUUUAUAUUGUGCCUACUGAAGUAAUGAAUGUUACAGAAAACUCAGUUCAUGUACUGUAUUAUUGGUCUUGGUGGAGCUUUUUUGAGCAGUAAUGCUCAACCCCUCAAUACUCCCAUCUGCUGGUAAGAAGGGGAACUGCAUCAGCCAGGCUGUCUCUUUGUUCAAAAUGGAACCUCUGGUUGUGUGAAAUGCACCGUGAUCUCUCUUCGCUGUGCUCUUGUUCAGUCUAGGAGGACUAUCCUGUGCCCUUUCUAUUAAGUCCAGUCAACAGAAUUACUCCUCUUUGCAGUAGACAAGAUCAUGCCCUAGGUUGCCACAGACUCAUCAUUAUUGUGCUGUGUGUAAGCUAAACUCUACUAGACAUGGAACAUGACAGUGACAUCAUACCAAACUAACAGCUGAUUUGCUAAUUUCAGUCUUGACAAUCCCUUCCUUUCUGUCUGUCACAUGUGCUUCUGUAUUUCAUUGCCUGCUGAAGACUGAUUCCUAAGAUGUCUUAACCUGCAGUCACAUUGCAGAGCUGUGGUUUUAAUUAAGGCCAAACAAAUACAUGGCUCCCAUUUCUGGCUGUGGUAAGAUAAAGUCUUGGUUUAGUUU